UGCAGAAAAUAGGGCGUCGCCUGCAGCUGGAGGUGGUGGUGGUGUUGUGCAGGAGUUGCCGCCGAGUGGGCAAAUUACAACACCGAACUUGAAAAUGUUCACAUAUGCGGAACUGAAGACUGCAACGAGGAACUUCAGGCCGGACACAGUGUUGGGAGAGGGAGGGUUUGGAAGGGUUUUCAAGGGUUGGGUCGAUGAGAAGACUUACGCGCCGUCGAGGGUCGGCGUUGGAAUGGCCGUAGCCGUCAAGAAAUCUAGCCCUGACAGCUCUCAAGGUCUCAAAGAAUGGCAGGCAGAGGUGAAAAUUUUGGGAAAAUAUAGCCAUCCAAAUCUGGUGAAGCUGUUGGGCUAUUGCUGGGAAGACAAGCAAUUCCUCCUAGUUUAUGAACAUAUGCAAAAAGGGAGCUUAGAAAGCCACCUUUUUAGAAAGGGAGCAGAACCUGUUCCAUGGGAGACGAGGCUUAAAAUAGCAAUUGGAGCAGCUAGAGGUCUUGCUUUCUUGCAUACUACCGAGAAGCAAGUCAUUUACCGUGAUUUCAAGGCUUCCAAUAUAUUGCUCGAUGGGGAUUUCAAUGCAAAGCUUUCUGAUUUUGGGCUUGCAAAGUUAGGUCCUGUAAAUGGCAAUUCACACGUCACAACUGGCGUUGUUGGCACCUACGGUUACGCCGCUCCUGAGUACAUGGCCACUGGUCAUUUGUACGUGAGGAGCGAUGUGUAUGGUUUUGGGGUAGUGUUGCUUGAAAUAUUAACUGGACUAAGGGUGCUCGACAUGGAACGACCAACCGGGAAGCAUAAUUUGGUAGAGUGGGCAAGGCCUUCCCUGCCCGAUAAAAGAAAGCUCAAGAAAAUCAUGGAUCCAAAGCUUUCAGACCAUUACCCUCUCCAAGCUGCAUUCCAAACAGCUCAACUCAUACUCAAAUGUCUCGAAUCCGACCCCAAAAACCGGCCCUCCAUGGAACAAGUCCUGGAGAGUUUGACACAAAUCAAUGCCAUCAAGAUGAAGGCCAAGGAGUCCAGAGGUGGCGCAAAACAGACCACAGCCGCCCAGUGCCACCUCCAACACCAACGUCCUGCAAAUUAUCAUCAUCAUGGUCGUAGUCGCUCCCCGCUCCACCACAAACAUGGCGGCAAUGAAGGUGGAGGUGGUGGCCGAGCCCGCUCACCCUUGCCUAGUUCUCGCUGAUACAAGGAAAUGUCAACUGAAGCGUAUGUGAAUUGCGAUUAUUGUUUGUUGUAUGAACUAGAUCUCCCACUUCUCAUUGGGACACAGAACAAAAAUGUGUUUUGGCAGACACAUUAGAAUGAAUUUAUUUGAUUCAAGAAUUAGUUUUUUUGUGCUCGUAGCAUUGUUGGUCAGUGUUGCUAAUAAUCACUGUCCAAUAAACAUUGGUGUCAUGGCAUACAAAGCCACAGAUUAUCUCGGCCCUGCUCUUGCAAAAUACACGAGAAGGUUUUCUA